AUGCGCCAGGAUGAUCGAUCGGCUGAGCGUAAUAGCAUCAGCCAGAUGUGGCGAAAAGGAUUGGCAGGAGGGUUGGCCGGAUGCACGGCUAGAACCGUCGUAGCGCCGCUGGAGAGAGUGAAGAUUCUCUUCCAAACGGCUCACCCUGGUUUCGUGCACCACACAACUAGCCGCCUGGCCGUCCUCGAUGCCCUUCGAACCAUCCAGACAUCUUGUGGAACCCAAGCGCUUUUCCAAGGCCAUUCCCUCACAUUACUCCGCACAUUUCCUGAUGCGGCCAUCAACUUUCUCGCCUACGAACAGCUCCGCAGCGCCCUGAUCACGGCGCCGGACGAAGAUACUCCCUCCCGUCUCUUCAUCUCGGGCAGUCUAGCGGGUGCUAUUUCGAUGUCAUGCACCUAUCCGCUUGAAUUGAUCCGGGUAAAUCUAGCCUUUCAAAGCCGGCCCACGUCGUUGGUUGUGAUUUGGAAUCAUAUCUACCGCGAUGGAGGCUUGAGGACAUCUGCAGUCGCGAACUUUUAUCGCGGCUAUACUCCCACGCUGUUAGCGACUCUGCCAUAUGCUGGGAUGUCGUUCUUUGCUCACGAUCUGAUCGGAGACUGGUUUCGUUCGCCCUUCCUGGCGUCGUAUACGUCUCUUCUGCCCGCCGAACACAUGCCAUCUAGAUUGACGAAGCGCAUCCAACUAACUGCCCCUGCGGAGCUUUUAUCCGGUGCUCUGGCGGGCAUGGUGGCGCAGACAGUCUCUUAUCCUCUCGAGGUCAUCCGGCGACGCAUGCAAGUCAGCGGGAUGAACGGGGGACAUAUCAGCCAGGCAGGAAUUGCCGAUACGGCACGAACUAUUCUCGUGGAAAGAGGGAUACGAGGGUUCUACGUAGGGCUGACGAUUGGGUAUAUCAAAGUCGUGCCCAUGGUGGCGACAAGCUUUUUUGUUUACGAUCGCUUGAAGUGGUAUUUGGGCGUUUACUAG